AAAACUAGGAUUAUUGACGGUACUCACUGCCGCAUCCAAAGACCUAAAUAUGCCGAGAGAGAUAACAUAUGCAGGGAAGGAUGUCAUAUCCUUAAUAAAAGAAUCGUGGUUGACUACGAUAUGAAAAUAAGAUGGACAUCGCUGCUAUACGAGCAGCUGAAAAGAGAAGAAGUUAAGGGCGUUCCGUUAAGGGAUUCAGCCUAUGCAGCGGAGCCGUUCUGUGGAAGCCGCUCAACACUACUAGGACUAGACAGGGUACUGAUUAUCAAUUACCUUUAUAAUUCCAUCGCCGAAUUAUUCUUUGCAGAGGAACGCUACAAUAGAGCCAUUUGCUCCGCUCGCGUUCUGGUAGAGCACGCUUUUGAGAUUCUGAAGCGACAGUUCCACGCCGAAUGCAGGUGA